CUCGCUACUGUACUAGCACCUGCAUCUCAGCAAGUCUUUUCUAGACGCGUCAACGAAGGCUCCCUCCAUCGUAACCACCUGACGUGCGCGCCUCUCUCUCUCUCUUCACUUUCACAUUCCUUUCCCCUGCUGCCACUCGUCCGCUGAAUAUCUGUGUAGCGGCGACCAGCAUCACGCGCGAGUGGCAGGCAGGUCGCCGCACCCAUCUGCUCUCUCUCCUGCUCGCCUUCGUACCCGGUGCUCUCUUCUCCCCCGUUCGACUGUUCCUUCCCGUCAUCGUAGGUCGUCGUUUUCUCACCGCCGAUCAUCUACGUCGCUGCUAUUUACAGGCGCGGCCUUCAACUUCGUCAUGUGGCUGCGGCGCUUCGCAGCGAGCGACGAGUGGCAGGACGCCGCAGCCACGGGCAUUACCCUCGCCAUCUGCCUCGCAUGGCUGCUCUCCGUUCAACUUCUCGUCGCGCUCCGCCUGCUCUCCGUCUAUCUCAGCCGUAAACUGAUCCACAUCUUCACCGGUCCCAUCUUCAUGCUGACGUGGAACCUUUUCUCCGACCAGCCCUACGCGCGCCUCGCCGCGGCCGUCGUCCCGCUGCUGAUCACGCUCCACUUCACCCUCGUCGGUCUAGGCGUAGUUAAGGACAAACUAGCUAUUAAUUCCGUCACGCGGCGCGGCGAUCACAGGGAAAUGCUACGAGGUCCCGUGAUGUACGGCGCGUGCUUCGUCGCCUUUACCAUCUUCUUCUGGCGCCAUUCCCCCUCCGCCUUUCUCGCACUCAACGCGCUCUGCGCGGGAGACGGGUUCGCGGAACUCGCGGGGCGGCAGUUCGGCAACGCGCCAUCACGGAAGCUUCCGUGGUCUGGGGUCAAGAGCUGGCCUGGCAGCGUGGCGAUGCUUCUCUGCAGCUUCGUUUUUGGGUUCGGUUCGCUGCUGCUCUUUGAUUGGUCCGGCAACUUCGCCCCAAGCCACAUCUACGUGGCGACAGCAGCGCCUGCCACAUUGGCGAUAGCAGCGGGUGCGGCGGCAGUGGAAGCUCUAGCGCCUGGCGAUUGGGACAACGUGCUUGUGUGCGUGGUUGUGGCAGUAGCGGGGGAGAUGAUGAUGCCGCUGCUGGUGAGGUGAUUAUAACGAGAGUUAACAAUAUGGCUGUUCAUUGGCAGCUGUUUUCAGAGAUCACUCAAAGCCAUCAUUGCCGGCGGAACGAGGGGCUGUUCUAUGAAUGGGCAACCGAUGUGUGGAGCGGCAGAUGUGAGAGAUGGUGCAGCGCGGAUAUGAGGGAGAUGAGAUGCUGGAGAGGGGACAAUUUGCGGGAGAGGCUGUUAGAAUAACGCAAUGAACUAGAUUGUGCCAUACAGAGAGGUUUUGUGCUAUGGUGCUGUACCCUCUAUGAGCAUGCUGUCAAACAUAUAAUGUAUAUGUAUUAUAGGCUAGAUAGGUGCAUACUCUAAGAGGGUACAACCCCUUAGACAA